AUGGCCGCCGCGCGAGCGCUGUUGCUGUACGGACAGGCGAUGGCUCUAAUGAUGGGAUCGCAAUACAUCGAGCGACACCAGCGCGUUGUCCUGCUCGUACCGGUGUGGGCGUCGCUCGGCCUCGCCUUCAAGGACAUUGCCCACAUACCGUCCUUCUUGGGGCUGAACGUGCAGCUUGGCAUGCUCAUCAUCAUUACCCUCCUUUACUGUCCGAUACUACUCGCAUCCUCAGCCAAGACCUUGGACAUCAGUCAGCCCCGCUGGGAUCUGCCGGUGGCGUACCGGCGUUUCAACAACCCUCGCGGACUGCCAACAGUAUCCUUGGACCAGCCAGUGGCACCGCUUCGCCGUCGGUUACAGUUCGUGGCGUCCGGCGUUGUGAAAGUGAUACUUAUCCUGGCCUCACGAGCGGUCUUUGACCACAUGUUGGCACCUCACCUGGCUACAUUCACCAUCCACGACUUCUCACCCGCGAAGGAGUGGAUGGUCCGUCGGUUGCUGUCUGGCGAAAUCUCGGCGAGCGACGUCUUCAUUCGAACAUAUGUGGCCCUGUCGUGGAUCAUCGAGACCUACUCCCAACUCACAUUGUGCCAUAUAGCGCUGGCCUUUGUGUUUGUCGUCAUCUUGCAGAUCGACGAGCCUGAGGAGUGGCCUCCUUUGUUCCGAUCUCCACUGGAGGCCUUCACUCUUCGGCGUUUUUGGGGCGUUUUCUGGCAUCGUCUAAUCACACCGUCGGCUGCCGCCUGGGCGCGCAGCAUUGCGAGCCGACUGCCGCUCCUGAGGAGCCACCCAAUACUGGCGAAGCUAUUUACCGCAUUCUUCGUUUUCACCACUUCUGGGCUGGCGCACGUGCUGGUCGGAUGGAGGCUCGGCGACAAGGCCCUAGAAAGAGACCUGUUCUUCUUCUGGGCAAACUUUUUCGCGAUCGGCAUUGAAAUCGCACUAUCGAAACUUGGCAAAGGAUUCAACAGGGACCCUUCCGUCCAGUUGCUCAGCAGGAUGCUUGGCUAUGCUUGGGUUGUUGGCUUUUUCGUGCUGACUGUGCCUCACGUCCUGUUUCCCAAAAUGUAUUACGCAAUCCGUGCUCAGAUGUUUGUUCGCAUGUUUGAGAGCACCGAGAAGUAG